GGUUUUGAGAGAGGAAGAAGAAGGGAGAAGAGAGAGAGAAAGAAUAAGAGAAAGAAUAAGAGAAAGAAUAAGAGAAAGAAAAAAGAAUGAUGAGCAGGGAAAGGAAAAAGAUGAAGUUGGAGAAAGAAAACCCAGAUCAAAGAUUGUUUUUUGGGGGAAUCCAUGGAUGAGGUUGGCAAAGGAAAUAGUGUUAGCUUUUGGAAGGAUAGUUGGAGCAAUGCAGGAGUGCUUGCUAAUGCUUUCCCAAGAUUAUACAUGCUAUCUAUAGGAAAGGAAAGCUCUAUACAGGAAAUGGGUAGCUGGAAAGGUGAAACAUGGUCGUGGAACUUUGAAUGGAGACGAAGUUUGUUUUCUUGGGAGGUCGAAUCACUACAGGAUUUAAAGCAAUGGAUCAAUAUGACUGAAUUCCUAAAAGACAAGGAGGAUACUUGGAUCUGGAAAGCGAAGAGAAAGGGAUUAUACACAACAAAAUCAGGAUACAGCAAACUUGUCCAUCAACAACCUUCAUCACAAUAAUCAUUAUUUAUAAGGUUAUGGAAUAGUCACAUUCAUAACAAAGUUUGUGGGUUUGCGUGGUUAUUAUUGCAUGACAGGAUUCCAUCAAAGCUCAAUCUGUUCAAAAGAGGAAUAGUCACAGAAAUAAAAGCAACUACAUGCGGGUUAUGCAACAAAUGUGUGGAGGAUGGUGACCACCUUUUCCUCCAUUGUAUAAUUGCUUCAGCAAUAUGGAUAAAAUGCAUUCAAUGGUGGGGUCUAAGCACUGUACUUGCUGGAACAUGUAGGGAUUCUUUUAUGCAGCAUGAAGACAUGGUAUCCAAAGCAAAUAACCGACUGGGCUAGGCUACUGUUUGGUACUCUUUGGUAUGGACAACUUGGAAUACUAGGAAUGAGGUAGUAUUCAAAGGGGGGCCAUGCGAAUGUGGAUCGGAUGUUUGAUCAAAUACAAGUGAGGUCUUUUUUGUGGAUAAAAAAUAUAGGGAAAAGAGGAAGUUUUACUUUUUCGGAUUGGAUUCUAAAUCCCAACGGUUGUAAAAUCUCUUAAGGGACCAUACAAUAUGCCAUCAAUUGGCAAGGCAACGUUUGAGUCAAAUUAUGCUUUUUUGAUGUAAAUGGGUUUGAGUAUCCCUUAUACUCAAAAAUAUAAUAUUUUUUGCCUU